AGAAAAGUUUUACCGAAUAGAGGCAUUCAUUGAAUGCAAAGCGAGAUCAAACAACCGAGUUAUUUCGACAUACUGUAAACGUCAAACAACCAUGGACACAGAGGCCAGGAGAAUUAUGGCUCUGUCCAUUAGUAAACUGUAUUCGUCAAGGACCCAGUGCGGGGGAUUGAGACUCCACCGGAGUCUCCUUCUCUCCAUGACCAUGAGGGCCGCCCGGGACAUCUACCACGCCGCCGUACUGCUCCGAGAAUCGGAGCAGGAACAGGUCGUUCCGUGCGCCCCGGAGGAACCCAUGGACACUAAAUAUCAUGACACUGUCAAGGACACUGAAGAUCAAGACACUGUCAACGACUCUCUGAAGGAGGUGAACACUCGUGAACCCAAAGACAAUUUGGAAGAGGACAAAGAGAACCAUGACUCGAAAUCCAGGAAGCGCCGUUGUAAGACGGCAGUCGAGCCUGACUUUUUGCCUCCGAAGAAGGCAAGAAUGGACACAGACGAGGAGAGGCAAGAGGUUUUAAAACCGAAUAAUGGAAACAGCUGUCGCCAAACUGAAACGCUGACAGCGUUCCCGACAAAUAGAGCCGUCGUGGCGUGUUGAACAAGACGCGCUUCGGAUUAUACAUGAUGUCCCUUGGUGGGAUUUUUCUGGACAAACUGGUUGUUCAGAUCAACCGGUAAUGCCAGUCCGGACGGAGCACGGCGCUCCGGUAUCAGCGUGGCACAGCUCGCCGUGUGACCGAGGAGCGCGCAAGACGCGCGGGGAUAAAGAACAGAGGAACCGUCGACCGCUCACCGGAGCUCCUGGUGACUCUUACGGCAGCUGUUGACUCACCUUUGAGUUGAAACUGUGGUUAGGAGAGACAUGUCUUCUCCUUCAGUUUAUGAACUCUAAUGAAACCUAUGAACUCUAACUCGCAUCUUUUUUAUGUUUUAAAGUAAAAAAUUGUGAUGUGAUCUUUGCAAACAUGUGUUAAAGUUCUCCAUUGCUCUGUUUAGUUGCACAGACGUGUGUUGUGAUGAAUUGAUCAUUCUAAAAUGAACACAAUGGACUGAAGCUGUUUGUUGGCAAAUAAACAUAUUUUAAAAUCA